ACAUAUAAGGAAAAUAACAAUUUAAUAAAAUUUGAUAUGCUCAUCAAUGUCAUGAUAAGUUUCCUGAUGAAGCAAAACUAUCUACAAAUUAAAGGCUUUGUUUUCAUCACUGAAUAAGCCAUGCUUUUGUUCAAUUAUACAGUUGCGGUAAUCACGUAAGGUGUGAUCUUUCAUGCUUGUUUGUUUGUCUUCUCGCUAUGAAUUAAUCUACAAGCUAACUCUUUUCAACAAAGUUUGGAUACAUUUAUAUAUUAAUUAAUCAACAAAACUCGUGAUACAUGCUACUAUAAUAUAAAUUAAAGAAGUUAGGAAGUUGAUAUAAACGUUGAAGAAGAUAGCACAUAUGUGAUUAUGGAACAGAGCAAGAAGAAUAAUGAGAUAAACGUUCCAUUCUCAUGGGAAUCAAAGCCUGGUCUCUCCAGAGUAAGCAACAGUGAGAAAACAAUGAUUAGGAGCAGUGAUUUAGAGCUAAAACCUCCUCCUCCGUAUAGGAGUAGCAGAGUUCAUCCAAGAAUCAGUUCGUUUCGAAUGGAAAGUACUAGUCAUACUCAUUGUAACAAGGGAGAAGAUCCUUUUGUUGAAGCUUACAAGAAAUGCACCAAAACUCCACCAUCAUCAUCAACGCACCGUAACAAAAAGAAAUCAUCUUCAUCUUGGCCUAGCAGCAUAAUAAAGUACAUGCAUAUUUUUUCCUGCAAGUUAUUCGCUGGCGAUGUUGUUAGCUAAAUUACUGCAUGGCAUGGUGAAUGAUUGGAGAGUGUUUUUGUUUUCAUGAUGCAUGGUAGAGACAGAGACUUAGGCGGCAUGAUGGGUAUGCAUGACAGAGACAAAACGGCAUCUUAUCUUCUUUACUAUAAUGGGAACAAAUAAUGAAUACAUAGCAGCGGCGAUAGUGGGUGUAUUAAUUAUGGCUAUGUCGUCCCCACAAUAACGUUAUACAUUAUGGAAAAGUAUAGGUAACCAACAAGAUUUUUGAAUAAUGUGUAAACAAUGUGAAUUAAUAGGGUUAAAAGAGUAAAUUUAAUUAGUAGCAUUAAAUUAGAGUGUAAUGUACUUUCAUUUGAUUGGUGGUUGUUCAUGUUGUUCAAAAUUUUUAUUGUUCCCUAGCACUCUCCAUAUAUUAUUAUACGUAACAUUGUUUUCUAAUCAUCUA